UACACAUUAUUUCGUGAGCCGGAAGUGCCUGUUUGACAGUGGUCGUCGUCAAACAGGCUAGCUAUCUUUGAAGCCGUUUGACUGGCUAGUUCAUCUGGGAAUUCGUGCACGACAAGCUAUUCAGCUUGGAAGUCGUUUUUGGUUAGCAGUGAACUGUGAAGGAUAGCUGCCCAAACAAACGACAUUCAAUUGGUGGAGAGGAGGCUGACCGGGCUGUCUCUGCUUCUGAAUCAUUUACCCUGAAGAUGCUUCUGCUUUGUCUAAUCACUGCUCCUCACCGCUGUUUCAGGUAGGAAGCUUGUGGGCGGACGUCACUUGAGGAGGGAUGCCUGUUGAAAGUGGAAACAGCGCAGCAGCCCGACAAGCCAAGCAGAAGCGUAAGUCGCACAGCCUGUCCAUACGGAGAACCAACAGCACGGAGCAGGAUCGACCCACGGGUCACAGAGAAAUGCUGGAGGGACAGGACUCCAAGCUGCCGCUGUCCUUGAGGAGCAACCUACUGGACCUUUUUGGACAGAUAGAGCGUGAAUUUGAAAACCUCUACAUUGAAAACUUAGAAUUGCGACGAGAAAUUGAUUCACUUAAUGAACGUUUGGCUGGUGAGGGACAGACAGUAGAUGGAGGGGACCUCACUAAAGGAGCACUGAAAACCAAAGCCAGCCACAGCACGAGCCAGCUCUCCCAGAAACUCAAGACCACAUACAAGGCCUCCACGAGCAAGAUCGUCUCCAGUUUCAAAGCCACCACAUCCCGUGCCGUUUGCCAGCUGGUGAAAGAGUAUGUGGGUCACAGAGAUGGCAUAUGGGACCUUGCAGUCACCCGUACCCAGCCCAUUGUCCUGGGCACUGCAUCAGCAGAUCACUGUGCCAUGCUGUGGAGCAUUGAGACUGGGAGGUGUCUGCUCAAGUAUGCGGGUCAUGCCGGCUCAGUGAACUCCAUCAAGUUCCACCCUACGGAGCAAAUGGCUCUGACAGCAUCUGGGGAUCAGACAGCUCACAUCUGGCGCUACAUGGUUCAACUGCCUCUUCCUCAGCCUACAGCAGACAUCAGCGUGUCCUGUGAUGAUGAUGUGGACUUCUCGGACAAGGACGAGGCGGAUGCUGAGGCGGACGGGGUUAACGAGUGCCCAACGGUACGUGUGGCCACCACCACCCUCAAGAGCCACCAGGGUGUGGUCAUCGCUGCCGACUGGCUGGUAGGUGGCCGGCAGGUCGUCACCGCUUCCUGGGAUCGUGCGGCCAACUUGUACGAGGUGGAGACUUCAGAGCUUGUCCACAGUCUCACAGGUCACGACCAGGAGCUGACCCACUGUUGCACACACCCUACCCAGAGACUGGUGGUGACAUCUUCCCGAGACACCACCUUCCGCCUCUGGGACUUCAGAGACCCAUCCAUCCACUCAGUGAAUGUGUUUCAGGGGCACACAGACACGGUGACGUCAGCCGUCUUCACCGCAGGAGAUAACGUUGUGUCUGGAAGUGACGAUCGCACUGUGAAGGUGUGGGAUUUAAAGAACAUGCGCUCGCCGAUAGCAACCAUCCGCACGGAUUCAGCUGUCAACAGGAUAAGUGUCUCAGCCACGCAGAGGAUCAUUGCACUCCCACAUGAUAACAGACAAGUCAGGCUGUUCGACAUGACGGGAGUACGGCUUGCCAGACUGCCGCGCAGCAACAGACAGGGCCACCGGCGUAUGGUAUGCUGCUCCGUUUGGAACGAGGAGAACCAGGCCUGCAACCUCUUCACCUGUGGCUUUGACCGGCAAGCCAUCGGCUGGAACAUCAACAUCCCUGUACUCCUGCAGGAGAAGUGAGCCGCCGCAGGCACGCUGGCGCCCUCUCACCCCCCUCUCGCAUGCUGUUCAUACACGCCAGGGCACAGGCACCCCCCACCUCCACGCACUCACACACAUGACAAACACACGCCUCAGCCACAGUCCGCCAGCCGCCAAAACUCUGUGUGUUACGUGGGCUCAUGCUAAGAGCUAUUUAUAAUGUUUGUGGUUUUGUGUGUGUGUGUGUGUUUUAAGGGAGUUUGUGUUCUUCCAGGAUGCCUCAUUCCAUCUCAUUGGAUAUCAUCCUGUUUGGUUCGCUUCUUUUGCAAGCUUGGAGAAUGGGCUCUGUUCUCUCCUUCAUGUGCGCUGUCUGAUGCAGACGUUGAAGACUCAAUUGUACUGCAUGUCCCGUUCCAGCUGUUACACAUGCAUAUCUGUUUCUGUUUCUGUCACCCUGUGCCAUUUCCACACCUCAUGUUUGCAUGGGUGGGUCUGCAAGAGCAGCGGAUCUAUUGGUGACCACAUUACAGGUCACUGUUUCCUUUCAGAUGAAACACUUACAUUAACCACAUACUCAGACCUUGAUCAAACACUUACAUUAACCACAUACUCAGACCUUGAUCAAACACUUACAUUAACCACAUACUCAGACCUUUCAGAUGAAACACUUACAUUAACCACAUACUCAGACCUUGAUCAAACACUUACAUUAACCACAUACUCAGACCUUUCAGAUGAAACACUUACAUUAACCACAUACUCAGACCUAGAUGGAAAUCCUUUCGCCUGCUCUGUGACCAUCUCUACGGAAGUGUAUGGACACUAAAAGCAAUCCAUUGUUUUACCAUAUGCAAGUAGUUCAGCAAGUUUCUUUUGUGCUUUAUGGUGUCUUGCAGCUGGGUCUGAAAGUUCUGCAACUGUAUAGUGUAGAAUUAAUUUCAUUAGGCUGUAGUCGUAUACUUGGCCGUUAGAAGUAAACAGUGCUAAUGUACAAAGAAUUAUCUGUUGCUUAAGUGCCAGUUGGUGAAGUUUCUCUUGAGCUUAAUCAUACCAAUUACUUUCAGCUGUGAAUAGUCUUCUGCCUUGUCUUAUGAGAAGGGACUUCACUUAAGCCUCUUUGAGAGCAGUCGAGGAAGUGGCUCUUAUUUUUAGGAGAAGGCGGUACAGUCAGUCAAGGUGUGUACUCCUGUGAAAACAAUGCCGUUGGGCAAGACUGCUGUGCUCUUCUCUUCUCUUCUCAUCAGCAAGGAAACAGUGUUGGAAAUGUACAGUAAGUAAUGUUAAUGACUUCCUCCAUAUAGCCGAAAGGAGAGGGAGACCGCUUGUGUGCGGGAGAGCGCGAGCCAGAGUGUGGCAGUAGUUUUGGUGUGCCCUGCACAAUCAGGCCAGCCAUUUUUGGUGUUUAAUGGCAGACUUUUCGAGGGUGUCUAAGAAAGCUGUUGGACCAAUCAUGUGUGUUCUCAUGAUCAGUGCAGUUGAGAAUCUAGGCUGCUGUAUAGAGUGAAUGAUAUGGGAUGGACUCGCACCGUUUCUGCUACUGUUCACACCUUGUUGUUACACUGUGCCGGACAAACAGUUUGAUGUUUACCAAUGUUUUAUCACUGUUGAAAUGCAAUUCAUGUAGAACUGUUCAAACACCAUAUUUCCUAUAUAGAGCUAAAUCUUAGCCCUGAGUGUUUAGCUCAAGUUAAUCAGCACAGAUUUAAAGAUGACAUUGAACUUGUGUGCAUGUUAUUCAGAUUUAUGGUUCUCUGCGUUCAGGAAAGCUUUUGGCCACAGCAUUAGCAGACCGGCAGUUCAUCUGUACCGUUUGUUCUGUGUUCAUUCCCCACCAAUGUUUGACAGAUAUUUGUCAUUGUAGAUGUUUGGAAUAAAAUGACGUGUCUUCUCUGAUGUCUUACAUUAGCCGUGACUCGUGCUCCACACAACUUUCAGCAGGUCAGGUAUUCAUGUUGGAAAGCCUUUUUCUUCAAAAUAGUGCUGUUAUGUUGACAACUUUUACAGAGCAGUGUUUUAUAUUUUAGGAGAUAAUGUAGUGUGCAGCAAAUAUGCAUUUUAUCAUUGAUAGCAACUGUAGGCAUUGGUGGCAAGUCAUCCAGCUUAUUGGUCAUUGGACACAGCACAAGAUUUUUGUUUUCUUCCAGUCUUUGCCAUUAGGAACGUGAUAUGACUGUUGUGCAUCAUAUUUUGAGUUGCAGUCGAGCGAGUGUACAGCAGAUCUUCAGAAGACCAUGUGUGACGGACAUGUGUGGUUUUCUGAACCAGAAUAUCAGAGAAUUGACCUCCAUUCAGACACUUGACUCUUGUAGCAUUAUGGAAAUACCAGUAGUCUCCACACAAAUGACAACAGUCUCCAGUUUUUCUAUUGUAAACUAAUGUUUUCAUGUAUGUGAGAAACCUGAAUAUGUAUGUUGUGGAAAAACAUGAAGGUAAAACAUGUAAAUAGGUUAAUUAAACCUGUUAGGGGUUCAGAAAAUGGGUGGUUGUGUUGUAUGUAUCUGAUGUCUAACACAUAUUAUCUCUUUUACGAACUGAAUGUUGUGCACAUGUGCAAACUGUGGCUUGUAAAUUCCAGUAAAAUGUUUGCUUUUUGGACUCUGACAAAAUAUGUCAUUAGACCUAAGUGAAACAAUUGAAAUGACUAAGGUUGCUUUUUGGCGUGCCUCUCUUUUGUGUGAUGAGCUUGUUCAGUUCACGUCUCUCUUGCCGGCCAAUGAAACCCCGAGGAUGGGGCGGCACAUUGUCAACAGCGUUGGCAGUGGCUGAGGAAAACCCAGUCAUAUGUGACUUAAGAUCAAAAGAUUACCACAACCAAAACGUAAACUACAAAGCCGAAAUUCACAUGUGAGAAUCUGUGUUCAACGUUAAAGAGAUGCUAUUAAACAAUAGUAUUUGAACUUAAA